UGAAACGCCGUUUCAGAUUUACUUUAAUCUGAACAAGAAGACGGCACUUGCUGACGUCAGCAAAAUGUGGUUCCACUUCACUACCAACUUCUAAGUUCCAUCUCUCUCUUCUUCUUCCCCGUUCUUGAUGUUUAUAUUAUACACAAUAACACCAUUCACUCACAUACCACUACUACCUUCCUUUCCAAUUCCAUGAUCAUGGCCUCUUCUUCUUCAUCAAUUGCUUCCAACUUCACCCUUCCGAGGAACAACGACGCCAUAUUGAAGCAGUGUGGCAGUAGCACGGCCGUGUUUGGAAGCGUUCGAGUGUUGAGCAACAAACCGCGAAGAAGAAGCUGUGUGACUUAUGCUUCUUCCAUUCAGCUGCAGCAGCAGGUGGAACCGUCGCUAAUUGGUGAUGUUGAUAAACAGAAGGAUGAUGGUAGAGUGUUGAAGGUCGGUCUUAUUUGCGGCGGUCCUUCUGCUGAGCGUGGGAUUUCCCUCAAUUCAGCUAGAUCAGUUCUUGAUCACAUACAGGGAGAUGAUUUACUUGUGAGUUGCUAUUAUAUUGAUUGCAAUCUCAAUGCAUUUGCAAUAUCUACUGCUCAGGUAUAUUCCAACACCCCUGCAGAUUUUGAUUUUAAACUUGAUAGCCUUGCCCAAAGUUUCCAAACUUUGGAUGACUUAGCAGAGCAUCUAGCUAAAGCUGUGGAUAUAGUGUUUCCUGUUAUACAUGGUCAAUUUGGUGAAGAUGGCACGAUCCAGGAAUUGCUGGAAAAGUAUAGUGUUCCAUUUGUUGGCACAGGAUCAAAUGAAUGCCGAGAAGCAUUUGACAAGUAUAAAGCAUCAUUGGAGCUCAGAAAGCAUGGAUUCAUAACAGUACCAAGUUUCUUAGUUCAGGGUCAUGAAACAAACCAAUCAGAACUAUCAGAAUGGUUUAAACGGCAUCGGCUAGACCCUGACUCUGGGAAAGUUGUGGUAAAACCAACAAGAGGAGGGUCAAGCAUCGGUGUUGGAGUUGCAUAUGGUGUGGCUGAUUCUCUCAUUAAAGCUAAUGAACUUAUCUCCGAGGGAAUUGACAAUAAAGUGUUAAUAGAAAUGUUUCUUGAAGGAGGGAGUGAAUUUACUGCAAUUGUCCUUGAUGUUGGAUCAGGUACACAUCGGCGUCCUGUUGUACUACUUCCAACUGAGGUUGAACUUCAAUCCCGUGGCGCAAAUGAUGUGCAAGAGAAUGAUGCAAUAUUUAACUACCGAAGGAAGUACCUUCCUACCCAACAGGUUGCUUACCACACUCCACCUCGAUUUUCCUUGGAUGUAAUUGAAAAUAUACGCAAAGGAGCAUCUCUGUUAUUCCAACAGCUUUGCCUGCAAGAUUUUGCAAGGAUUGAUGGAUGGUUUUUGCCCAAUUCAGCUUGUAACUUACCAUCUUCAGAAAGUGAGUUUGGGAGGACGGAAUCUGGUACCAUCAUAUUCACUGACAUUAACUUGAUCAGUGGUAUGGAACAGACUAGUUUUCUAUUUCAGCAGGCUUCUAAGGUUGGCUUUUCUCAUACAAAUAUUCUUAGGAGCAUUAUUCACCAUGCUUGCUUGAGGUUUCCAAACCUUGCAUCGAUUAUUAACAAAUCAGGUCAGGUCCCAAGCAAAUCAAAAUACUCAAAACUUAACAGGUCAGUUCCUCGCCGCGAAGGAGCUCGAAAAGUUUUUGUAAUUUUUGGAGGUGACACAUCAGAACGGCAAGUAUCUCUUAUGAGUGGUACAAAUGUAUGGCUUAAUUUGCAAGCUUUCCAUGAUCUUGAGGUUACUCCAUGUUUGCUUUCCACAACAAGUGAAUAUGAAUCCACUGUGGAUGGAAAGAAGGCUGAUAAUGUCAUGAAUAGAACAGUAUGGUCGUUGCCUUAUUCUCUUGUGCUACGACAUACAACUGAGGAGGUACUUGCUGCAUGCAUAGAAGCAAUUGAGCCUGAUCGGGCUGCAAUGACAUCCAACCUGCGGGAGAAAGUAAUGAAUGAUCUCAUGGAGGGUUUUAAGGAUCAUAGCUGGUUUACUGGGUUUGAUAUUGCUGAUGAAUUGCCUAUACGAUUUUCACUCAAACAGUGGAUCAAGCUAGCCAAGAAGGCCGAGGCAACAGUAUUUAUUACAGUUCAUGGAGGCAUUGGAGAAGACGGUACGCUUCAAUCACUGUUGGAUGCUGAAGGAAUUCCUUACACAGGUCCUGGUGCAAUGGCAUCAAAGAUUUGUAUGGACAAAGUUGCAACAUCUGCUGCUUUAAAGAAUCUGGCAAACUCGGGAGUUCUUACAAUAAACAAGGAUGUCAGGAAAAAAGAUGAUCUCUUAAGUAAGCCUAUAAAUGAGAUAUGGCAUGACAUCACCCAGAAGCUACGGUGUGAAACAUUAUGCGUCAAGCCAGCGAGAGAUGGAUGUUCAACAGGAGUUGCAAGAUUAUGCUCCUCAAGUGAUCUUGCAGUAUAUGUAAAAGCUCUAGAGGAAUGUCUACUAAGGAUUCCUCCAAAUAGCUUAUCAAAGGCACAUGGUAUGAUUGAGAUGCCAAACCCUCCUCCAGAACUCUUGAUCUUCGAACCAUUCAUAGAGACAGAUGAAAUAAUCAUGACAUCUAAAUUCAAGAACGAGACUGCUGAUGGUCUCAUGUGGAAGGGGCUUAGUAGAUGGGUAGAAAUAACAGUUGGAGUUGUAGGAAAACGCGGUUCGAUGCACUCGUUAAGUCCAAGUGUAACUGUGAAGGAAACCGGUGAUAUUUUGUCGCUAGAGGAGAAGUUCCAAGGUGGGACUGGCAUCAAUCUGACUCCACCUCCCUUAUCAAUCAUGAGUGCAAAUGCAUUGGAGAGAUGUAAAAAGCACAUUGAACUUACUGCAAACACUCUACAACUGGAAGGAUUUUCUAGAAUUGAUGCAUUUGUGAACGUUGACAGUGGAGAGGUUUUGAUUAUAGAGGUGAAUACAGUGCCUGGAAUGACUCCUUCUACUGUUCUGAUUCAUCAGGCACUAGCAGAACAACCACCAUUAUAUCCUCACCAAUUCUUCCGUAAACUUCUUGAUUUGGCUUCAGAAAGAUCCACGUGAUCUCUUGUUUUAUUAUUGUUUCCAAAGGUGAUCACAUUGAAGUUAUCAUGUAUCACUUAUAUGAAAAUUGUUGCCCUUUAUAAUGUAAUGCUUAACUUUGGAUCAUUUACUUGCUUCCCAUUUCUGAAUGUGAUCUCAAAUGCAAUAAUUGAUUAUAUAGUUUGUGUACUCUUAAACUGGCUUUGAAGAAAAUGAUUUUGUUAGGAUA